AUGACUAUUGUAUCAACAGUUCAUUUGUGGUUAGGUAGGAAGCAGUUAAUUGUUGCAGACAGACGGCAACGUGAGAAGCAAGAAAAGUUAAAGAAAUCUGCAAUUAAGGAAUCAAGAAAGGAAUUUGAUGAAGAAAAGGACAUUCCAUUUGGCAACAUCAAUUACGAAAAUGAAAACUUCCAGGUAAGUGGUAAUAUGGAAAUGAUGUUACAGGUAACCGUGGAUAAAGAGAGAAAGAACGAAGAAUAUGAGAUAAUAGAAGAAGUAAUGGAAGAAAUAGAAGAAGUAAUGGAAGAAAUAGAAACAGUAAUGGUAAAAGAAGAUGGAAAAGAUGUUAUGAAAGAGAAACAAAUCCAAAAUGAAGUUGAGGUAAGAAAUUAUAUAACAGACCUUAAAUGUACUGAAGAAGAAGUAGAAAUAGUUGAAGAGUUAAUGGAGGAAAUUGAAAUGAUUAUAGAAGAAGAUAAAGAAAAAGAAAAAAAUGGACUAACAGAAGUUGUAAAGAAUCAAGUGGAAUUAGGACAAACAAACGCAAAAGAAUAUGAGAUAAAGAAAAAUUUAUUAUUACAAGAGAAAAAACAGUUAUUUGAAGUUGUAGAUACAUUAGAUCAAGUAAUAGUGAAAGAAAAACUAAUAGAUUUUCAAACAGAUAAGGAAGAAGAAGACGAAGAAGAACAAGAGGAAGAAACGAUAACAGAUCUUAAAAUAGAUGACCCAGAAGCGGACGAAGAAGAAGAAAUAAUGGAACAAAAAUUAGAAGAGAAAGAAAUGAAAGAGAUAAUUUGGAAAUGUGACAUGGCAUCAAAUGGAAGCGAUGACGAAAUUGAGUAUCUUAUUGAAAACGAAGAACAAAUUCAAGAAGAAAAUAAAGAAAAAAGAGAUAAAUCUAAUGUGAAUAACAAAUUUAAGAACGUGAAAAUAUUGAACGAAUUUACUACUCAUGAAAGGGAGAUUUCAAUGAUGACGCAUGUCAUAAAUGAUACUCUGAAGAAAGUCGUAGUAGAAAACAAUCACAAACGUGGUUGUUUAACCCUUUAA